UUCGCACGUUAGGAAUGGUGUUUGUAGAGAAGCUGUGAGUUUUAUGGAGAGAGAGAGAGAUGAGAGAAGAAGAGCCAGCUCCUUCAUUGCAUAUGCUUUCACUGCUCCAACAACAACAACAACCCAAUUCAACUUAACUCAACCGACUCAUUCUCUUCUCUCUCUACAGUCUUCCCCUGUUUUUGUUUGUUAGCUUCGCAUUAUUACAAGCUCUCAACUUUUUCUCACUUAGUUUCUCUUUAACUAUUAUAGCCUUCACCACCUCAGGUUUUUCUUUUCACUUUGCCAUACCCAUGUGUGGUUUUGGCCUUGGAAACUCAAAAACCUUCGUUUUAGAACUACUUUUUUCCAUUCAAAUGGUGGUUUUCUCUGUUUCCUUGAGUUCUUUUUGUCUGAAUAUACAGAUUUGAGAUUUUUGAACAAAGACGACUCCUUUUGUCCAAAAACAUGUUUAUUGGCUUGAAAAAAAUGAACUUUAUUCUCAGCUUCUGCUUCAUCAAACCAUUCUGUACUUUGAUUUUGUAGUUCUAUCUGAAAAGUUUUUAAAAUUGUGCAUGAAAAUCGAUGAUUUCGAAAUGUAGGUUUAUGAGGAAAAAUAAUACUUUAAGCUUGCAAGUUGUACUUGUUUCCGUACUGGGUCAUCUUGAAAUUCAAGAUUUGCACGAAAUUUGGAGGCUUUUUGUGACUUGAAGAGUCCAAAAGGGGGUUGAGAUUUUAUGGUUUUGAUGAGUAUUGGCUCUGACCCAUGAAGAAUUUUCACUGGUUUAAGCAGAUUUCCAACAAUGGCAAACCUGAGAGGAGGCUCUCUCUCGGAGAGUACAACAGGGCAGUGUCAUGGUCAAAGUAUUUGGUGUCUUCAGGGGCUGAGAUUAAGGGUGAAGGGGAGGAGGAGUGGAGUGCUGACAUGUCCCAAUUGUACAUUGGGUGUAAAUUUGCUUCAGGGAGACACAGUAGGAUUUACAGAGGGGUUUAUAAGCAGAGGGAUGUGGCAAUUAAGCUCAUAAGCCAGCCUGAGGAGGAUGAAGGCUUGGCUGUUUUGCUUGAGAAGCAGUUCACUUCUGAGGUGGCUUUGCUCUUUCGGCUGCACCAUCCAAAUAUCAUCUCUUUUGUUGCAGCUUGUAAGAAACCUCCUGUUUUCUGCAUUAUCACCGAGUAUUUGUCCGGGGGAUCGUUGAGAAAAUAUCUCCAUCAGCAGGAGCCGCAUUCUGUUCCACUAAGCCUAGUUGUGAAGCUAGCCCUCGACAUUGCACGUGGGAUGCAAUAUCUCCAUUCUCAAAGUAUACUUCACAGGGAUCUCAAGUCAGAAAAUCUAUUGCUAGGGGAAGAUAUGUCUGUGAAAGUUGCAGAUUUUGGUAUCUCAUGCUUAGAAUCACAGUGCGGCAGUGCAAAGGGAUUCACGGGCACUUACCGUUGGAUGGCACCUGAAAUGAUCAAAGAGAAACACCAUACGAAGAAAGUUGAUGUUUACAGUUUUGGCAUAGUUCUUUGGGAGCUUUUAACAGCAUUGACACCAUUUGACAACAUGACUCCUGAACAGGCUGCAUUUGCAGUAUCACAGAAGAUCAUGUGGGGACCUGCUGCUUUGGCCAUCCUUAUCCAAGCAGGAAAUGAUAUCCUCCCAAAUCGAAGAAUUAUAUUAAAUCCGUUAGCUUUUUUGUUGUUGAUAAGAUAUGUUAAAGCACUGAUAAGCAUGCACUAAUACGGGUACACAUCCGAAGGAUGUUGUGGAGAGUAACUUCAUCAUUUUCUUAAUCACCUACUACCAAAAAGAAGCACACUGAUAUCAAACAUUUCUGUUUCAGUUUUUGCCGUCAACGUCUUGCAUCUGUUUAUGAGUUUGUGGAACAAAUGGAAACUUUAUCUGUUAAAGCUGUUUGAAUUCACAUCACACUUGCCAUCUUGCAUUCACACUUGCCACUCCUGUAAACUGGUUUUGUUGCUAUGCUUGAAAUUUUUUAACAUGAAGCUGAUGUGUUUUGGAGUUGCACGUCUCCUUUUGGUUUAGAAACGCCUAGAAUGUAAUGCACUUGGCUGUGCUUAUGAUUCCCAUAAAAAGUCUAGUGCUUUGUGUAAACAAUGAACCACUUGAAACUUUUUAACAUGAAGCUGAUGUGUUUUGGAGUUGCACGUCACCUUUUGGUUUAGAAACUCCUGGAAUGUAAUACACUUGGCUGUGCUUAUGAUUCCCAUAAAAAAUCUAGUGCUUUGUGUAAACAAUGAACCACUUGAAAGAGUAAAAUGUGCUGGAAUUAUUGCAAAUGUCAGAAUCUUGUGGUUUACAGCUACAACUUGUCA